CCCAUAGUUGUAAACUUUCACCACAGUGAUGAUUUCAGUGGUAGAAAACCUGCCUUACUACAGUUAUUAGACAUUUUUAUUAAAAACCUUUGUUUGCUUCUUGUUUUAACCCUCUGGUGCAUAGUGGUCACUGCAGUGGACAGCUAUUCAAAAGUCAUUUUCUCCUAAAUGCACUGGUUUCAAUGGUGGAACUGCAUAUCAGUCACUAGAGUGCUCUCUACUGCACCACUCCAUUGACGUUUAUUCAGUGGUCAGUUUUGUAACUGCAAGUGAAUUUCCUCUGAAUCCAAGAUGGCCGAUAGUAAGCCACACUUGUUGACUGCUGCUGGAAUAACCUGUCAGACCUUCUAUUCCAGAAGAACCCUAUAGCACAGAGACUCAGCAGACCGUCAUCCCGACCUGACUUGGCGCCAGAAACAAGCAUACGCUGUCCACCUGCUGACGUCAGGACGUCUCGGUUCCUGAUUGGACGGCUGUGCCUCAGUUUAAAUCCCUCCGGGGGAGCUGUACAGCCACAGCGCGCGGACAUCUAACGACAGCUCGAGGCAGCUGCCGGAGCGCUGGACACCUGUUGCCAGGGAGACCGAACACGACAGGCGGGAAAAUUACCAAAAAGACAGAAACAACAAAGAAAUCUGCCCCCCGCUAGGUGUUUCAUGUUUUUAAAGCUCCACACCUAUUAAAGACAGUCAGCCAUGUCGUCUGCAGUGCUGCUGAAUCUGCUGCGUUGUGGUCGCACAACCAUCUCCAGGCAAACUCUCCUCACCCUAAGAUCCUCACCUGAGACCUCCACAGCUUCUGGGCAGGUGGGUGGGGUGUUAGGGGCGGUGGGCAUCCGGCGAGCCAGUGGCUCAGUCCAGUUCAGCAGUGACCACAGCAGCCGACCCGUGACCUUGGACACCCUCGGUAUCUGGGACAACAGGAUAGAAGAACCAGUACUGCUGCCCUCCAGUGUCAGAUAUGGAAAACCCAUUCCACAGGUGAGUCUGUCACCAGUCGGCAGUGCGUCAGUUUUGGGUCUCAGGAAGCAGAACGAGGACCGCCUCCGUUUCGCCCGUAUCCAUGACAACCUGCUGUACUUUGCAGUGUUCGAUGGCCACGGCGGCCCACACGCCGCCGACUACUGCUACACCUUCAUGGACAAGUUUAUCAGAGAUGCUUUGGAGGAGGAGGAGGAUCUGGAGAGAGUUUUACAGAAAGCCUUUGUAGAUGCUGACAAGGCUCUCCACACACACCUGAGCUACUUCAACAAUGCCUCCUUCCUGACAGCCGGCACCACGGCAACGGUUGCUAUGCUACGGGAUGGCGUGGAGCUGGUGGUUGGCAGCGUCGGUGACAGUCGGGCAGUGUUGUGCAGGAAGGGGCGAGCCAGCAAACUCACAACAGACCACACUCCUGACCGCAAGGACGAGAGACAGCGGAUCCAGAGGUUUGGCGGCUUCGUGACGUGGAACAGCGUGGGUCAGACUAAUGUUAACGGCCAGCUCGCCAUGACACGCAGCAUCGGAGAUUUCCACCUGAAAAGCAGCGGUGUCAUCGCUGAGCCGGAAACACGAAGACUCACCGUCCAGCAUGCCAACGACGCCUUCCUGGCUUUGACCACUGAUGGGAUCAACUUCCAGAUGAGUGACCAGGAGAUCUGUGACAUCAUCAGCCAGUGCCAAGACCCCACAGAGGCGGCGGACGUCAUCGCUCAGCAGGCGCUGCAGUACGGCUCCGAGGACAACGCCACCAUCGUCAUCGUCCCAUUUGGAGCCUGGGGGAAACAUCAGAGCUCCACUGUCGUCUACAGCAUGAGCAGAAACUUCGCUUCAAGUGGGAGAUGGGCGUAGACAGCGCACACACGCUCACACGACAACACCCUGUCAGUUUAACAUGACUUUGACUCAAAGGACGUUAAGACUUUUGAUCCUUUUCAGACUCAGAACGUCCCUGAAUCCCCCUGAUGAUGGUUGUUAAUCUUCUACACUGAUGGCAGUUUGUUGCCAUCGUAUAAAUUUACCAUCAAACCUCCAAAGAAGUAGGAAACAGAGUUUUGGUUUCCUGUUGAGCUCAGAGGGGGUUGAAUUUCCCCAGCAGAGUUAGACAAGUGACCGUCAGCCACACUGAGCCGCAACAACAACUAUGUCACAUGUGUAUUAGACAUGUUAAAUAAAGUAAGUAUCUGCCAGGGAUGGAAAACAGUGAAGAAAUGGAACUCAAGUAAAAUUAAAAUAACUUGUGUAAAAAAAUUUUUACUUUUAGAUGCAAGUAAAAAAAGUGCAUCAGUCAAAAAAGUUUGUGUUGUUUUAUUGAAGUGGGGCGGAGAGAAGAAUCACAUCUAACAACAAAUACAAGAUACGAUAACUAGUGAAAGACUUAACUGUUCAGUAUUAUUUUGUCUAAGGUCGCUCAGACACAUACUGACAAUCGAUGAAUAUCCAGUAGAGUUUGUAACGUUUUAAUUGUAUGUCCUCUGACUGCGUCUGUAUUUAUCCACACAGUGUUAUUUUUUUACCCGCCAUCGUGGCUAAGACAUAAAAAUUUCUUUCUACCGGCCAAAACUCUCCAUGCAGUCUUUGUUGGUCGUCCGCUCUGUUGCAGUAGUCGGGACACUGUGCACGUGAGGACGAGGGCCAAGCCGAUUCUGUGCAGCUCGUGCUACUAAAACACAGAGCAAAUACAAAGUAUUUAAACAUAUAGUUGGACCAUCCCCUGUGCGAGCUAUCAUGAGCUGCUGAACUGGUUUUAACGAGGACACUAAAUCCCCCCGAAACUCCAGACAUGUGACCUUUGACCCCUGAGAGAGAGACUGUCCAUGAGAAGA